CGCGAAGCCAUACGUCAGGCGUUAGAGCGCCUCUUUUCAACGCAUCCGAAGUUAUGCAAUAUGCCUUCAUCUGCUCCCAUGUGUCCUCGAGCCGCCUCGUGUCCCUCUUUUACUUUGCUGGAUCAAAACAGGAAACUAUUGGAUCCAGCAUCGCUGCCGACAGCUAAACGGACGACAUCCCCGCUUAUCUUACCCUCUACAGCCUCAUUUGCACACAAGUCUGCCUCUUUAUCUUCGUCGCGUCUGAAUUCGUCCAAUCACUCAUUCUACAUGCCCAUCGACACCGAUCCAUUGAAGCAGCUUGGAUUUCUUCUCUCCAUCACCCUUCGCGCUCUUGACAAUGUAUUUCACCUCACUUCUGAACUAGCCGAAUCAAAGCAACAGAUUGAACUGAUGCAGGCCCGAUGUGCCCAGCUUGACGGCCUCUUAGCACAUGCACAGUUCGGAGGUGGUGAGUCGAGUCAAUGUUAA